CCUUCCUCUUCCUUCUCCUCCUCAAUCAUUUGCUUCUCCUUCUCUCUCACUGUAAUAAGCCAAGUGAGAAGAGAACACACACACAAAACCAAACCACAGAUCGAAGAAGAAUUAACCAUGUCUAACAACAACAACAACGAUGUUGGAGUUAUGAUCUCAUCUAACGGAUCAGCUCUAAUCGAACAACAACAGCAACAAUCUCCAGUCGUUGUGAAGAAGCCACCGGCGAAAGAUCGGCACAGCAAAGUGGAUGGAAGAGGGAGGAGGAUUCGUAUGCCUAUUAUAUGCGCAGCUCGUGUUUUCCAGCUUACGAGGGAGCUUGGUCACAAAUCAGAUGGUCAAACUAUUGAGUGGUUGCUUCGUCAAGCUGAGCCUUCUAUUAUAGCUGCGACAGGAACUGGUACAACUCCAGCGAGUUUCUCUACUGCUUCUGUCUCAAUCCGUGGAGCCAAUUCAACUUCUUUAUCUUCCUCUCUUGAUCAUAAACCCACCACUACUCUACUUGGUUCUUCUUCACCGUUUAUACUUGGGAAACGUGUGAGAGCUGACGAGGAUAGUCAUCAUAAUAACAGCAGCAGCAAUAGUAACAACAACGGUUCCGGUGGUAAUAAUAAAGAUGAGACCUUUACGACAGCACCAGGUGGGUUUUGGGCUGUUCCGGCGAGGCCAGAUUUUGGACAAGUUUGGAGCUUUACAGGAGGAGUUCCACAAGAGAUGUUUUUACAACAACAACAUCAUCAUCAUCAGCAACCUUUGUUUGUUCAUCAGCAGCAACAACAGCAAGCUGCAAUGGGUGAAGCUUCAGCUGCUAGAGUUGGCAAUUAUCUUCCGGGUCAUCUUAAUUUGCUUGCUUCUUUAUCCGGUGGAUCUCCCGGGUCGGGUCGAAGAGAGGAUGAUCCACGUUAAUGGUGUGUUUUUGAUUGAUCAAAGCAAAACCAGCCCUUUUUAGUAGGUUUCCAAGGGCUAAUUUCGUAUAUAUAUAAUAUUUUAUCAUCGUAUUUGUUCGAGGCUUCUCCUUUAUUGUGGUGUGUGUGUGUGUGUUUUAUUAGUGUUCGUUUUAGAGAUUGAUUUGAUUUCAGAAUCUUCUUCAAGUGAUUUGAGAGUAUCGUUAGCUCUUAAGUAUUGUUUUUUGGGAUUAGGGUUAAACUAGGGUUUAAGAAUGUGGAGGUUUAUUUUUUGGGAGGAAGAUUACUUUUUUAUUUAAUUUUUAGAAAAAAGGGAAGAUUUUAGAAACCGCGGAGGUUUCUCUUGUUCUCCUUUUUGGGUGUCUGGUUUUGUUUUUCCGGCGAAACAGAGCCGUCGUUAAAAUUCCAGAUAUAUUAUUAUGUGUUGGUGCUAAUUUUGUGUAAUGAUGAUGAUAUGUUGUUACAACAAUUGUGGUGAAGCAUUUGGCGCAAGCUGUUAACCACAGUGUUAUUUUCAAUAAACGUUUCGACUACAUGAUAUUGUACCUUCUUCUUCUUCCUCUGCAUUUAUUAUGUGACUGUGAAUGUGUGAUUGUUUCGUUGAAAUCGAAGUGGAGGAUGAUGAAUUUGUAACAUUACUGUUAUCUAUUUUUACUUCUUCUAGGAUAUA